GGAUGGAGUUGGUCGUAUCGGAGCACACGGCAACUCGGCUGAUGAGCCACGCAGCGGCAAGCAGUCCACGCCUGGGUUAAGUUGAUAAUGCAGAGGUGGUGGACACGCCAAAAGGAGCAGGACCGAGGAAGGGAAAUCACCAAGGUGGGCAAAGUACUGUGGCCUUACGGACUGACCUCCAGCCUACCCCUCAGAGAGGGAGAGAUUGAAAAACCUGAGGGAGGGAAAUACAUUUGAUUAACUUGACUGAAUCACCCUGAGAAGAAUAUUCAUGGACUAGACAGACAAUGGACUGAUACACAAAAGCCAAAUGUCUAGGUCCCUUCAUUUUGGCAGACUGAUAAAACAAUAAACCCUAAGAUGACUGUGCACUCCUGAAAGCUGUCACUGCCGAUCAUCUACUUAACCCAAUCAAACUAUUCUGAUUAAGAAACACAGAGACGUGGAUAAGAUCCAAACUGUUGCCAUGUCUCCACCCUGGUUAAGAUGGACCACGUGCUAUGGUUCAUGUUCCCUGCUAGUUCUUCUCACUGUUUUUCUGGCCACACUGGCAGCAAGACCCAAAGGACCAGGCCAUGUGCAUCUAAACUCAAUACGCAUUGAUGGAGACAUUACCCUGGGAGGACUAUUUCCAGUCCAUGCACGAGGCCAUGGAGGAAAGCCCUGUGGGGAGCUGAAGAAAGAGAAGGGAAUUCAUCGUCUGGAGGCCAUGCUCUUCGCUCUGGACCGCAUCAACAAUGACCAUGAACUGCUCCCCAACAUAACACUGGGGGCUCGCAUUCUGGACACCUGCUCACGGGACACUCACGCUCUGGAGCAGUCUCUCACUUUUGUCCAGGCACUGAUAGAGAAGGAUGGGACAGAUGUCAAAUGUCCAGAUGGUGGAACACCAAUGAUCACCAAGCCUGAGAGAGUUGUAGGCGUCAUUGGUGCUUCCUCCAGCUCUGUGUCUAUCAUGGUGGCUAACAUCCUCCGUUUGUUUAAGAUCCCCCAGGUGAGCUACGCUUCGACAGCACCAGAGUUGAGUGACAACACACGCUAUGACUUCUUCUCUCGAGUGGUUCCUCCGGACACCUACCAGGCCCAGGCCAUGGUGGACAUUGUACGCUUUAUGGGCUGGAACUACGUCUCCACUGUAGCCUCUGAGGGAAAUUAUGGAGAAAGUGGUGUUGACGCCUUCAUCCAGAAAUCCCGGGAGGAUGGAAAUGUGUGCAUCUCACAGACAGUUAAGAUCCCUCGUGAGCCAAGAGUAGGAGAGUUUGACAAGAUAAUCCGCAACCUGGGUGAAAACCCUAAUGCCAGGGUGGUUAUUAUUUUUGCAAAUGAAGACGAUAUAAGGCGACUACUGCAAGCAACAAAGAAAGCCAAUCAAACAGGUCAUUUCAUCUGGGUGGGAUCAGACAGCUGGGGCUCGAAGAUCUCUCCUGUGCUCAAUCAGGAGGAAAUGGCUGAGGGGGCGAUCACCAUCCUGCCCAAACGGCAGUCCAUCAAAGGGUUUGAUAAUUAUUUCAUUGGUCGAACUCUGGAGAACAAUCGAAGGAACGUCUGGUUUGCUGAAUUCUGGGAGAACAAUUUCAACUGCAAGCUCAACCGCCACGCCUUCAAGAAGGGGUCUGGCGUUAAGAAAUGCACAAAUCAAGAGCGGAUUGGGAAAGAGUCAGCAUAUGAGCAAGAGGGCAAGGUGAUGUUUGUGAUCAAUGCUGUUUACGCCAUGGCCCAUGCACUCCAUAACAUGCACAAAGACCUGUGUCCUGGCAAGGUGGGACUUUGCUCCAAAAUGGACCCUGUUGAUGGAACCCUCCUGCUAAAGUACAUCCGCAAAGUCAACAUCACAGUCACAGCUGGCAAUCCAGUGCAGUUCAAUGAGAAUGGAGAUGCCCCGGGCCGUUAUGAUAUCUUCCAAUACCAGCUAGCUAACCAAACGGCUGAGUACAAAAUCAUUGGCAGCUGGACUGAUAAGCUCAACCUCAACAUGUCGAUGGUGCAGUGGCCAGGCGGUGUACAGCAGGUGCCCUCCUCCACCUGCAGCCAACCAUGCAAGCCAGGCUGGCGCAAGAAGAUUGUGAAGGGCAUCCCUUGUUGCUGGCACUGUGAGCGCUGCGAUGGCUACCAGUACCAGGCCGACGCGUUCACCUGCAAGACGUGCCGCUUUGACAAGCGGCCCAACAAGAACCACACGGACUGCUUGUUAAUCCCCAUCAUCCAGCUGGAGUGGAGCUCACCUUGGGCAGUCAUACAGGUCCUCAUCGCUGUCCUUGGCAUAAUGGCCACCUUAUUUGUGGUGGUCACCUUCAUACGUUACAAUGACACCCCGAUCGUAAAAGCAUGUGGAAGGGAACUGAGUUAUGUCCUGUUGACAGGUAUCUUUCUGUGCUAUGCCACCACUUUCCUGAUGAUUGCCACUCCUAGUGUCGGGGUUUGUUCAUUCCGUCGCAUAUUCCUUGGCCUUGGAAUGAGUAUAAGCUACGCUGCAUUGCUAACCAAAACAAACCGUAUUUACCGUAUUUUCGAGCAGGGACAGGUGUCAGUGAGUGCCCCGAGGUUCAUCAGUCCAGCUUCCCAGUUGGUGAUCACUUUUAUCCUGAUCUCAGUUCAGCUUGUAGGGGUGUGUAUUUGGUUCGUGGUGGACCCUCCGCAAGCCAUUAUUGACUAUGAGGACCAGCGCAUGUCUAACCCUGAGCUAGCACGGGGUGUACGCAAGUGUGACAUCUCAGACUUGUCGCUCAUUUGCUUGCUGGGGUACAGCAUGCUGCUGAUGGUCACAUGCACCAUCUAUGCCAUAAAAACGCGCAGGGUGCCAGAAACCUUCAAUGAGGCAAAGCCCAUCGGCUUCACCAUGUACACCACCUGCAUCAUCUGGCUGGCCUUCAUCACUAUCUUCUUCGGUACCUCACAGUCACUGGAAAAGAUGUACAUCCAGACAACCACUCUGACCGUUUCAGUCAGCCUGAGUGCCUCUGUGUCUCUGGGGUUGCUCUACAUGCCUAAAGUCUACGUAGUGCUACUCCACCCUGAGCAGAAUGUGGCCAAGCGAAGCACUCGCAGCCUGAAAGCCGUGGUCACUGCUGCCACUAUGUCCAACAAGUUCAACCCCAAGGGCGGCCUGCGGCCCAAUGGAGAGGCCAAGACUGAGCUGUGUGAGAACCUGGAAACGCAAGGACUCAGCCCCAAACAGACAUACAUCAGCUACAGCAACCACGCAACCUAACAAAGUGAAAAUGAGAAGAAAAAAUGUGAAGCAUGAUGCCAGACGGACAGCGUAAUGUGGUUGAUCACUAUUAUGCAUUUCAUAUGAAGCAGAAAAAAAACAUAACAAAACAAACUUUGGUAGCCCCACAGAAAUAUUCUAAUGAAUGGAAACCAGAUGAAGAUCCUAAAGGGGACAUGUUAAUAGGGCAAUACUAUUUGGAACGUAGCUGAAUGCUUUAUCCAGUCAUUUCAAAAGGAUCUUUCCAACAGUUAUCUGAAAAAAAAAAAGAUUCCCAAAGGAUCUGCCCAGCCAUAAAAGCACAAGAAGCAAAUCCAAGUCACUGCUAUGGACUUCAUGUGUAGAGUUUUGGAACAAACAUGGCAAGAAUCAACCCCCCUGGAAAAGGACCUCUGCCCAAAAUUGUUAUGAACAGUGGUGCAUGUGUUAACCAGAGAAUGUAAAAGUAAACAUGUAUGCAAUGCUUCUUUGUUCUAAUGAUAUUUGAACAACUACACGUCCACUUGCUUAUUCUGAAUAGGGACAUAGCAAGGAUUCGACAUGGUGGAUACGCAAUGUUCUGAAAUGCUGUUGUGCUGAACAUGUGACUCACUUCAAACACCCUUUUCGUCCUUUAAGUCUGCCUCUUCAUUUCCAAUGUGUGGUUCAAGCUUGGUCAGACAUAUAAAGGCAACACAAGAUUAAAGUCUUCUCACUGUUUUGGAUACAGACGGUAAAUAACAGUAUGUCAUAUUGUCAACUGUUUGCCCUUGAAUCAAGAUGACAAAAGGGGAAAAGUGUUGAUUUACACAGAGACUUGGACUGUAAAGGACCCCAAAACAUCACUACUGUCACCAGACCAGAAGAUUUACAUUAUGGUAAACCUUAGUCAUUUGGGUUUUUUUACUUUAUUUGGUCAUGUUAAUGAAGCUGGUCUACAGCAGUUCUGGGCUUGUGCCAUGGUAAAGUAUUAUAGCAUUGUACUGCCAUUAGUUUCAUGUUUCAUGAUUCUGGAACUGAAAUACCAAUAAAUGUAUUUUUAUAGGUAAUGCAGAAUUGGCGUCAUGCAGUUUUCUGAGGAGAGAACCUCGGGAUCCAAAGCCCAUAUGGUGAAAAGAAACAUCUGAGUUCUAAAACUCUGUGAUGUCAAAGUGCUCUCAGGAGGAAACUAUGUAUUCUGUUCUUUUCUACAUUAUUAUUUCUUUGCUAUGAGUUUUUAUUUCAGUAUUUUCCCACUGAAAGACACAGUAAUGAAAAUGUUCUGAAUAAGUAAAAAAUGCCAAGCGUAUAUCUUUCAGACUGACAAAAUCAUUUUUGAAUAUGUUCCUCUACUGUGAUCUGAUUUGUGUAUGUGUGAGAGAGUGUGUGCGCUUAUGUACUGACACAUAUGAUCAUUUAAUUAUAAAAUAUGUAUAAUUGUGAAUAAAGCAAAAACCAUACUGCAAA